AUGGGACUUCUUUUUAGCGAGACUUUCAAGAAAUGGUUCGGCAACCGUGAAACCCGUGUUCUUAUGCUCGGUCUCGAUGCCGCUGGUAAGACAACAGUUCUCUACAAACUCAAACUUGGCGAGCAUGUUACAACAAUCCCAACAAUCGGCUUCAAUGUCGAAACAAUCGAAUACAAGGGCUUCAACAUGAACGUUUGGGAUGUCGGUGGCCAAGACAGAAUUCGUGCUCUUUGGCGCCACUACUUCCACAAUACACAGGGUCUUAUUUUCGUUGUCGACUCUAACGAUGUUGGCCGUAUCGAUGAAGCUCGUGAUGAACUCCACAAACUUCUUGAAGAAGAUGAGCUCCGCGAUGCUAUCCUUCUUGUUUAUGCUAACAAGCAAGAUCUUCCAAAUGCAGUUAAGCCACAGGAACUCGGAAACAGACUCCGCCUUAACACAAUCACAAACCGCCCAUGGCAAGUCCAGGGUUGCUGCGCUACAACAGGCGAUGGCCUUUAUGAGGGUCUCGACUGGCUUGGUGAUCAAAUCAACCAGCACUUUUAA